GUUCCGGAAGUGUGUUUACAAGUGUCGUGCAAACAAUUUGACUUCUGUCAAAUUUCACUUGAUCCAAAGAAUUUUGGAUCAUCGUUUUCGCCGGAUUACGUCGUACCCGUUUUUGGGUACUUACCAACGUCGUCCAUCUUUUUCGGGUUCAGCCUCUGGCUAUCUUUCCGGUACUCCGAAUAUUCCCUUUCGGAGCAUGUGUAUUGAAUCGCAUCAUACUGAAUUGUUGAAUCAUUCCAACAUGGCCACUGAGUUGAAGAUUGUAUACAACCGCAGGGACUGUGGAAAUCCUUGGGGGAGAUUAAAGUCGACGUUCGAUGAUUCUGUUUUUGACGUUGGAUCCGACCUAAUACGAUUCGGUUGUUCGCAAGGUUUGUACGUUGUCAUUAUUCAACAUCAUUAACUGUUUUGAUUGUGACAUCAUUUUGCCGCAUCCACAGGUGUCUGGAUUACACUGCCUUUUGAUGAAAGAUCCGAACCUUCUAAUUUGGCUUUGUAAUUUCAGCGAGUCCGGGACGUUUCUGAAUGGAAGCCGCAUACUUCAUGAUCCCAUACAGAUACGGACCGGUGAUGUCUUCUACUUGUUAUAUUCCCCGGAUUAUCCUUCGCAAUCUGUUGGAUUUAACCUAGAAAUACUGUGUGAUCUGCCGGAUUCUUCUAGUACUAACAGCCCAUCUGUGUUGCCGCCUUCUGCCACACGUUCAGGGGCAAUAUCCGGCGCGUCGAAUACUGCUAAUGAAUUAGAAAGCUAUUUAUCUUGCCUAAUAUGUGGAAAUAUAUUUUAUACAUGUUGCAGUUUACAGCCAUGUCUACACAGCUUUUGCACAUUAUGUUGGCUUCAGUGGAAGCAAGUAAUGAACAUUUGUCCCAUCUGCCGCCAACCUGUUCGUGAGUACGCCAAAAAUCACCAGCUCAACUCUUUAGUGGAGUUGUUUUUGCGUGAACUUCCGUCAAAAGCAAAGAGAGAUGAGGAGAAGAAAAAAUGGGACGAAGACCUGGCCGCUCUUAAAGCCGCAGACGCCGUUGCUACAGAGGGAGCCACUCAACAUUCAGGUCUCAGGCACCCUCGUCCAGCGAAUCCUUUCACUCUCGCCUGUGUUGUUUGUGGCUGGCAUCGAGGAAUGAGUACUGGUCCACCAUAUUGCAGUUCUCACAAUGCUUGUGCUUGUUGUGGCAGACUUGUUCCGAGCUACCAAGGAGGAUUAUCUCAUGUAAACAAUGUAGAAUGUGAGAGUUGCCGGCGUUCUUUCUGCGCAUUGGUUGCUUCUGGCGGUUGUCAAGGAUGUGGAACUUCUUGCCUGAGUCGCAUUAGCGAUAUGAAGAACCUACCUGCCCUACCCCCAGGCCUACUACUGGGCAACACAGUCGAGACCGCCAUAGUCACGGACUACUUGUCAGAAAAGAAUAUAAGCACUUCCGAUUUUGUGACUGCUUGCCUGGACCACUUAGACCCCUCCUUGUUUGGAGGUCGAUCGGUGGAUCUCGAUCCACUUUUGUGCCGUGACUGUUCAACGCGUUGUCUUUCGCACUUGGCGUACCAAUGGCGACUCAGUCUGCCUGCCACCGAGCUCCCCCAGCAUGUGGUCUCACGCCCGGAUUGUCACUAUGGAAGAUAUUGCCGUACACAACGGUCAAGUGCGAUCCAUGCUAACCGGUACAAUCACAUUUGUGAUCGAACGCGCCCUUAA